CGCACUGACACCAACACAGAAAACCGAUCAAAGAUUUUCUCCAUUUCUCCGAACUGAAAGAUAUUAAUCAAAAGAAUCAAGUAGUGGAGGAUUGGAAUUUGUGAUCGGAAAACGUAACGAUGCCGCCGAAGAAGAUGGGGGUGAACAGCAAAGCGGAGGCUGCUAGGGCACGGAAGAGCGCCACGGAGGCGGAGCGUAAGGAAAAGGACGCGCGUGAGAAGGAGGAGAAGUACUGGCGUGAAGCGGAGGGAGGGAAGUCACGUGCGGCGAAGAAACGCGAGGAGGAGUCGGAGAAGAAAGCCGAGGCUGCUGCUCGGAAGGCGGAGGUGCGGCGGUUGGCGGAGAUUGAGGAGAAAGAGCUCGAGAAGUCUCUUAAGAAGGUGGAUAAGAAAGCGACUAGGGUUUCGAUACCGGUGCCGAAGGUGACCGAGGCGGAGCUGAUUCGGCGAAAGGAGGAGGAGCAGGCGCAGAUCUUGAAGAAGGCGGAAGAGGAAAAACGGAAGCAGAGUCGGACAGCGAAGGAGGAGGAGUACGAGAAAAUGGUGCUUGUUGAGAAUACUAAUCGGGAUGAUACAGUGAUCGAGGCUAGGUCAGUGGAGGAGGCGAUUGCACAGAUGUCGGUUGCCGAUAGCUUGCCUGUGGAUAAACAUCCUGAGAAAAGGCUUAAAGCCUCGUUUAAGGCUUUUGAAGAAGCUGAGCUUCCCAAUCUGAAAGCUGAGAAACCUGGCCUCACUCACACCCAGUAUAAGGACAUGAUAUGGAAGCUAUGGAAAAAAUCUCCUGAUAAUCCACUUAACCAGGUUGCAGAGAAAUAGGUCGCACAAUUCCAACCAAGAUGCAAUAUAUAUUCCUAAUAGAGAGAGAGAGAUUGCAGUUUAAUGUAUAGAGGGGAUCAAUUGUGUAUAAGGUAACACCUAAUUUGGAGGUUUUUUUGCCCCUUUUUGUGCUCCCUUAUGCAUUUGUGAUUGUUGUUCUAAAGUUUAAAAACUAUGAUCUUGUAUGAACUUUGGACUCAUAAUUCUCUUCUUUUAAUCAAAGUAAUAAUAAUUCCGUUUGUCCA